AUGGGUUCAUCAAAAAGCAAAGAAACAGUGCAGACCCUGUGCUUCAUCCUUGAUUCAGAACAAGGAAAAGGGAAAGACAGAUUCAUUGCUUUAGAGAAUUUUAGCAUUCAUGGGAGAAAAGUAACAGGUAUUGUUUUUAUGAAGAACUUUGAUCAAAACGAAGAUAAAUGGGAGGUGAAAGUUCUUUUCACCUUUAAUUCUUGGGAAUCGUACAGUGACAAGACCUGUGAGUGCAUUGAGGACAAAAAAAAGACCAAAAUGGAUGGUAUUAAGCGAUUCAAGUUUGACAUCAACGUGCCAGUUGGUAAUUCUCUGGAAUAUGCGAUUUUCUGUCGCAAUGCAAAGAGCGAAUUUUGGGAUAACAACGAGUACAAGAACUAUACCUUCUCUGAGUAA